UCAUGCAUUGUGCGUCACAGCUGCGACACACGCGGCUCUUCCGUUCGGCCUGUGUACGCGCAAAGACGCGCUUUCAGAUUUUAAUCCGUAAUUUAUAUUAAAAAUCACUCAUAAUCAUGACCGCCGCCGCAGUUCCCGUGAGAAAGAGGCUCAUGAAGGAGGAAGAUAUGACUAAAAUCGAGUUUGAAACGAGUGAGGAGGUGGAUGUGACUCCGACUUUCGACACGAUGGGCCUGAGGGAAGAUUUACUGCGCGGGAUCUACGCGUACGGUUUUGAGAAGCCGUCAGCCAUCCAGCAGCGAGCCAUCAAACAGAUCAUCAAGGGGAGAGACGUCAUUGCCCAGUCUCAGUCUGGAACCGGUAAAACGGCCACGUUCUGUAUCUCCGUGCUGCAGUGUUUGGAUAUCCAGGUUCGAGAGACUCAAGCGCUGAUUUUGGCUCCGACCAGAGAGUUAGCAGGACAGAUCCAGAAGGUGCUUCUGGCGUUGGGCGACUACAUGAAUGUUCAGUGUCAUUCCUGCAUCGGAGGCACAAACGUGGGCGAGGACAUCAGAAAGCUGGACUACGGGCAGCAUGUGGUGGCAGGAACGCCCGGCCGAGUGUUCGACAUGAUCCGCAGGAGGAGUUUGAGGACCCGUGCCAUUAAGAUGCUGGUGUUGGAUGAAGCAGAUGAAAUGCUCAACAAGGGGUUUAAGGAGCAGAUCUACGACGUGUACCGAUACCUGCCGCCCGCCACUCAGGUGUGUCUGAUCAGCGCCACGCUGCCACACGAGAUCCUCGAGAUGACCAACAAGUUCAUGACCGACCCCAUACGCAUUCUGGUCAAACGUGAUGAAUUGACCCUGGAGGGCAUUAAGCAGUUUUUCGUGGCCGUGGAGCGAGAGGAGUGGAAGUUCGACACGCUGUGUGACCUGUACGACACGCUGACCAUCACACAGGCCGUCAUCUUCUGCAACACCAAACGCAAGGUGGACUGGCUGACGGAGAAGAUGAGGGAGGCGAACUUCACCGUGUCGUCGAUGCAUGGAGACAUGCCUCAGAAAGAGAGAGAGUCUAUUAUGAAGGAGUUCAGAUCUGGAGCCAGUCGAGUGUUGAUCUCCACAGACGUCUGGGCCAGAGGUCUGGAUGUGCCUCAGGUUUCUCUCAUCAUUAACUACGAUCUUCCCAACAACAGAGAGCUGUACAUCCACAGGAUUGGUCGAUCGGGUCGUUACGGCAGGAAGGGUGUGGCCAUCAACUUUGUGAAGAACGACGACAUCCGUAUCCUCCGAGAUAUUGAGCAGUACUAUUCCACACAGAUCGACGAGAUGCCCAUGAACGUGGCUGACCUGAUCUGAGGGAUGAAAUUUUCCAGAACCGGUUUGCUGUCAUUUGGAUCUUUUAUUUUCCACCUUGUAAUUCUUUUUUUAUUUACAGUUUUUAUGUAGUUUGAGCUCAGAUGGGCUGUAUUGUGUUUCCUGCGCUUCAUUGGGGGUUGUAAAUAAAGAAUCUUUGUCCAUCUUUGA